AUUUAUUUUUGUGUACAUAAGAUCGAUUCUAGGAUUAAUUUACUUUACAAAGCACUCAUAAACUGUCAUCUGUCAACGGUUCCACUAUGUAAAUGUUAGGGUACUAUUUGUACAAUAUUUAACAAUAACGGGUAAUAGUUUCAGGGUAAUUUUGCAAAGAAACAUGGACGGAAAAAAGAUUGAUUUAACAGUAUCAGGGUCAGAAAUUUUUGUGUGGAAAGCAGACGAUUGGCUAAUAUUGAGGCAAACCCACAGAAUAUUGGGGGACUGUAUUGGAUGCAUUGCAAAAAAACCAAGACAAGAAAAUAUAAGUGGACUGCCACUGCUUUUGCUUCCAGAAGAGGCCAAAUUACUGGUAGAAAAGGAUAUUGGUCGCCUAGUUCAGAAACCAAUGUUGAAAGAGAUACCUACUGAAUCUUUGAAAAAAAAAUUUGAGGAGUACAGGAACAAAUUAUUUUUAGAUCAACAAGAUAUUUUGAUCGAAAAAAGAAAGUUGCAACUUUCAAGUGUUAUGGAUCGAAUUGUAGAAGGUAAAAAGAGGAAACUUUUAGGACUAGACACAAGUAAAAAAAAAGUUAAAAAACCUUUAGAUGAUGAGACAAGAAAAGCAUUGGAUGAGAUUGAAAUUGACAAAGAAGCUCUUAUGGAGGAAGAAGUUGCCAAGUUACCUAAAAUUAAAAAAAGUGAUGCGUUUGUUCAGAUACAUACAGCCUAUCCAUGGAACACAGGUGAUAUUAAAAUAGAAAUGUCGAUCUUUCCAAGUACAGAUGAAGAAGUACUUAAAUACAAAGUGUUCAAGGAUAUGUGGGAAAAAGGCUACUACAUAACAAGUGGUCAAAAGUUUGGUUGCGAUUAUUUAGCAUACCCAGGUGAUCCAAUAAUGUUUCACUCUCAGCUAUUAAUCUAUUGUAAGAACAGAAACGAUGAAAUAUCCAUACCAGAACUCAUUGCUGAAAGUCGCAUAGGUAGCCAUGUAAGAAAGACUUUGGUUUUUGCAACUCUAUCAAAUGAUGGAGGAAGUAUAGAGUACUUUUCCUCAAGAUGGGCAGAUUCUUCUAUGGGAUAUUUAUGAACGCAUUUCAAUAGACUAAAUUUUUUUAUUUUUUUGUACAUUUAAAUAAAAUUUUACA